AUGAACGCAACGGUUUUCUUCCUGGUCAUUAGCGUUGCAGUCUUGGUGAGUUGUGCUCCCAGGACAAAAGGAUCGGACGAUGACAGUCAUUCCAUACCCCACACGAGGCAACAUGUUAAGGGACAAAUACCGGGUAUAAAAGGUAAUCCCCGGCCGCCACCACAGAUUUCUCUGCGUAAAGGCGAAUACGUAUGUGGAGAUAAAAUUUGCAAGUUGCGUCCUGGGGAAAUACCGAAGGGUUGUAACGGGAUAUGCCAAUAUAGAAUAUGA